AUGCAUACUAGAAGAAGAUCGUACCAUCUAUGGCCUAAAAUUUCGAAAGGGAAUAAAGAAGAAAAGAAAAGGAAAUGCACUGCCUUAAAAGGUUUUUUCUUCGCCAUAAUAUCAGCCUUUUGUACCUUACUCAGUGCAAUUAUUGUGAAAAAAGUCAGUCUUCAUCCUGUUCAGUCUGCAUUUUACAGAUUCGUUGGAUCACUUGCGCUAUCCAUUCCUGCGGUUGUAAGAAGUAAUGAAAAUCCUGUUGGACCAAAAGGGUUUCGACUUAUUCUUCUAUUUGCUGGUAUAUUCGGUGCCGGCAGCAUGCUUUUUGGCUUCUUGGCCUACCGUUACUUACCGCUUUAUGAAGUAUUUGUCAUAUUUGGAACUACCCCUAUCUUCGUGACUGUUGCAGCGCAUUUGUUCCUCAAGGAAUAUUGUGAUAUGUUUCAUUCCGUUCUCUUGAUUUUUUCUGUCAUAGGAAUAGUUUUUUCAAGCAAACUACCAUCCCACAUCAUUGCAAAAGACAUAACUUACAGCACAGAUAAUAUUUAUGGUUUUCUAGCAGCAAUUGUGGCAGUUCUUUGCAGAACGGGUCAAAUGAUCUUCAUCAAGAAAGCUAAAGAAGUGCCACAUUCUAUAGCCAUAUUUGCUUGUUGUUGGACAGGCGUAAUAGAAUCUUCAAUGCUGAUGCCAGCUUUUACCGAAAUGAAAUUGCACAGAUGUGGAUUAGAGUGGAUAAAUAUUGUGUUAAUAGGUUUUCUCAGUUUUUUUGACCAAGCAUUCAUGACGAUAGCCCUCCACUGCGAAUUUGUUAGUGUAGUUGCUACUGUCAGAUGCGCAAUCAAUAUCACAAUGGGAUUUUUAAUUGAGGCUUUCCUUUUUCAUGAUGAAAUUGAUUACUUCGUCAUUAUUGGUGCCGUUCUAGUUGUAUCAUCUAUUUUUUCAUUAGGUCUGAGGAAAUGGAUGUCUUCUACUUGA